AUUUGACCUUUUGCUUGGUCAGUAUGGCGGCCUGCCAGAUUCACAAUUGCCAGGCCUUCUGGCUUUGUGUGUCAGAAUUGGCAGGUGGCGGGUUCUUGAAGCUAGCUCCAAGUCGGACCAUUGCACUGUAAUUCUCCGUUAAAAUCUCCACAGCUUGAAAAUCCUAUAUAAGCUUUCGGAGACUGAGGUCCUUCUUCCUCGUCAUCGUUCCAAGCUCAGGCUUGCAUCUCCCCUCCAUCGAUUGCCCCUGCUAGAUUCAUCUCCCGUACAAGUACCAAGUUGUCCCCUUGCUUUCAUACUCUUAAAGACCAACUAUCAUCAUGGGAAACGGCCCGUCCAAGUCACGAUCGCAUCGGUCUACCACGACGAGGGGCCAGUUUGGGGAUUUUAGUGUGGAUAAUGCAAAGAACAGCCAAUCAUCUCUUUCUGGGCACGCCAGUGGCAGCUACCAAUCAGCGCCACCACCAUACACUACCUCUGCCACAUCACCAACGCCAGCUCAAAAUGACGCUAAGUCGAACGAAGCUCGAGCGGCGGCCCGAGCAGCGUAUCUCCGCCAACCCCUGCGAGCAGAAUCAUUGGAGGAUGCGCUCGAGACGCUCCGCCAUUAUGACACAAUAAUCAUCAUGGAUGAUUCCUCGUCGAUGGCUGGCUCGUUAUGGAAAGAGGCAAAACAAGCUCUCGCCACACUUGCUGAUGUCGCAAGCCAAUAUGAUGCCAAUGGUGUUGAUAUUCACUUCUUGAACCACUAUGGAAGCAUGACGGGAGUUACAGACUCCAAAGCUGUCCAUGAACAAUUCGUUAACCUCCAGCCUUCCGGCCCUACCCCUAUUGGGCAUCGCCUUGAUAUAAUACUUGGCGAUUAUUUCCGUGACCUGGACGCUGCUAAAAGACAGGAGGAUGCUGGUGACUAUUUUGCGCGCAAGCAAAUAAAGCCCGUGAAUGUGAUUAUUAUCACUGAUGGGGCGCCAACGGAUGAUCCCGAAAGUGUGAUCGUCUCUUUUGCUAAGCGACUUGAGGCUGAUAGGUGGCCACUUGCACAGGUGGGAAUACAGUUCGUUCAAAUAGGGAAUUCGAGACGCGCAACACAGUUCCUCGUAGAGUUGGAUGAUAACUUGAAACAGACACAUCAGAUACGGGAUAUUGUCGACACAACUCCAUAUGUCGGUCAAUUAAAUGCUGAGAUGCUCAUCAAAGUUCUCCUCGGUGGCAUCAAUCGGCGCGUGGAUACGAAGGGUGCUGCUGCGGUCAUGUAUUAGGGUUGUAUUGAAUUGCAACGUGGCAAGAUGCUGCUAGACAUUCUAUCGUAUUUGGAGCUCGGUAUUUGUUGUCAGCUCGGUAAUUCACGAAAAAGUCCUGUAGUAAACACUAUAUUGUCCAUCAUGAUGUACCAUUGCCUAAUUCACAAUGAACUACGAAUCCCAAUCUUCCAAUGCAAACGCGAGAG